CAUGCGCCUUUCACCCCCAAACGGUUGGCGUAGAGAAACAGAGUAACAGCAUUGGGUUGGCGAGCAGAGACUGCCCUUAACCUAACUGAGUCAUGGCCCAGUUCGGGGGACAGAAGAAUCCGCCGUGGGCCACUCAAUUCGCUGCCACAGCAGUGUCUCAGCCAGGCCACUCAGGACAGUCUCUUGACCUCAACAGCCUGCACUCUCUUGGUGUGCAGCAGCCAUCUCUUCUUGGAGCAUCUCCUGCUGUUUACUCUCAGCAAUCAGCCUUAGCCGCAGCUUCACUCAGCAGCCAGUCUGCAGCGAACUAUCAGCUGUCGCAGCAAACUGCUGCCCUUCAGCAGCAGGCUGCCGCUGCUGCUGCAGCAGCAUUACAGCAGUCUCAGAUCAAUACUGCACUCCAGCAGUAUCAACAACAACAGCAGCAGCAGCAUCAGCAACAGCAGCAGCAACAGCAACAGCCUCCCCAGCAACCCCCCCAACAACAACUGUACAAUGUACCUCAUCAGAGCGGAUGCGGCUUGUAUGCAGGUGCAGCUUAUAAUCCAGAAAAUACGCUUCCUCAGCCUCAGCAGGCACUUCUCUCUCAGCCCCCUGUCCCUUUGCCCACCAGCCUAAGCCUGUCCAACCCCCAACAGACAGCCCAGAUUACGGUGUCAUAUCCAACACCACGCUCAAGCCACCAACAGCAGACUCAGCCGCAGAAACAGCGAGUCUUCACUGGUGUCGUCAAUAAACUACAUGAUACAUUUGGCUUUGUUGAUGAAGAUGUCUUCUUUCAGCUGAGUGCUGUGAAGGGAAAGACUCCCCAAGUCGGUGACAGAGUCUUAGUGGAAGCUGUGUACAACCCCAACAUGCCCUUCAAGUGGAAUGCCCAGCGCAUCCAAACUUUACCUCAGCUCUCAAAUCAGUCGCAUCAGCAGCAGCCUUUACCUCAACCUUCCCCACAGCUCGGCGGCCUUUACAGUGAGCCAGGGAUGCAGCUGCGCUACACAGACAUGCACUCCUCUGUGGACAACAGACAAAAUAACCAACAGCAAGGUCCAAACAUGAUGAAGCCGACCCCCGCGAUGCUGCAGUCACUACCUCCACCAACCACCUUCAGUGUUCCCGCCCCGCCCCCACCAUCCCUGCUGCAGGCUCAGCUUUCUGCUGCCUCUCUGGCCCCUCUCCUCCAGAAUCCUCCACAGCCUCUGCUCCCACAGCCUCCAUCCAAAGAUGUGUUUCCCGGUGGUCUGCUUCAGCCCCCGGUGCGACUGAUGCCCCAACCACAGCCCGUCCGACGAAUUGAACCUCCGCCCCGUUUCCCUACUCGCAAUGAUCGAGGCCCUGAGCUCAUCCUCAGGUCUAAAGAAGAACGCAGAGACAGAGAGCGUGAGCGCAGGAGAUCCAGAGAACGAUCUCCCACCCGCAAACGCUCCAGAGAUCGCUCACCAAGACGCGAGCGCUCCCCAAGACGGCCUCGCAGGGUCGUUCCGCGCUACACUGUUCAGUUUUCCAAGUUCAGCUUGGAUGGCUCCAGCUGUGACUUGAUGGAGCUGAGAAGGCGCUACCAGAGCCUCUACAUUCCCAGUGACUUCUUUGAUGCUAACUUCACCUGGGUGGAUGCCUUCCCACUUACUCGACCGUUCCAGUUUAGUAAUGCCUGUAACUUCCACAUCCUGCACAAAGAGGUGGAUCCUCUAGUCAAAAAUACAGUUUUGCUGGACCCUCCAGAUGUUAACCACACCUACAGCGCUAAGGUGAUGCUCCUGGCUAAUCCGGGUAUUGAGGAACUUUAUCACAAGUCAUGUGCUCUGGCCGAGGACACACAGGAAGUCAGGGACUCCUUCCAACAUCCUGCAAGACUCAUUAAGUUUUUGGUGGGCAUGAGAGGUAAAGAUGAAGCCAUGGCCAUUGGUGGUCACUGGUCUCCAUCUCUGGAUGGAGCCGAGCCAGAGAAGGAUCCAUCGGUCCUAAUUAAGACAGCCAUACGCUGUUGCAAGGCACUAACAGGCAUUGACCUUAGUCUGUGCACUCAGUGGUAUCGCUUUGCAGAGAUUCGCUAUCACCGGCCGGAGGAGACACACAAGGGGCGGACAGUCCCCGCUCAUGUGGAGACAGUGGUUUUGUUUCUUCCGGAUGUUUGGCAUUGUCUUCCUACCCGCUCAGAGUGGGAGGUGCUGUCACGGCGACUCCGGGAGCAGCUAGCUGAGAAGCUGUCGGCCGAGCGAAAGGAGGCGGAUGGAGAACAGGAGGAAGAGGAAAAGGAUGACGAGUCGAAGGAAAAAAGCACCCCCACUCACUGGGCUAAACUUGACCCAAAAUCAAUGAAGGUUAACGACCUGCGCAAAGAGCUGGAUUGUCGCACCCUAAGUUCCAAGGGGUUGAAAUCACAACUGAUCGCUCGCCUCACCAAGCAGCUGAAGGUAGAGGAGCAGGUGGAGGAGUCGAAGGAGCCUGAGAAACCAGAGAGCAAAGUUGCAGAGGAAGAGGAGCCUUCCCGCACUGAAGAUGACAAAGAGGAUGAGGAAAAGAAGAAGCAGGAGGAGCUUGAGCGUCAGCGGCGGGAAAGACGCUACAUCCUACCUGAUGAACCCACCAUCCUCGUACAGCCCAACUGGUCUGCUAAGAAUGGCAAAUUUGAUUGCAGUGUCAUGUCCCUGAGUGUGCUGCUGGACUACAGACUGGAAGACAACAAGGAGCACUCUUUUGAGGUGUCCCUGUUUGCUGAGCUGUUCAAUGAGAUGCUACAGAGAGACUUUGGCUACCGCAUAUAUAAAUCCCUUGCCGCUCUCCCUACCAAGGAUGAAAAGAAGGAAAAGAAGGCCAAGCGGGAAUUGGAAAAGAAAGAAGUUGAAAAGCGUGAAAUAAAAAAGGAAAAAGAAGAUGAAAAUGAAGAGCCAGCAACUAAGAAGACCAAAGAGGAGGAAGAGGAGAAGAAGAAGCAGUGUGAAGAAAAAACUGUGAAAAAGGAGGAGUCUCGAGAUGAGGAGAACGAAGAUGAUACCAGCAUGGCCAAUGCCGAAGAGUAUGACCCCAUGGAAGCUGAAGAUGCGGAUGACGAUGAAGAUGAUGACAAAGACGAUGAUGACUCCAACGAUAGAGACAGAAAAGACCGCAAAGAUGAUCGCAAGUUGUCAAAAGAGAGAUCGUCUAAAGAUAAGGAGAAAAAGCAAAUGGUCACAUACAACAAAGACCUCCUUAUGGCCUUCGUCUACUUUGACCAGAGCCACUGUGGCUACUUGCUGGAGAGAGACCUGGAGGAGAUCUUGUACACACUGGGACUCCAUCUUUCCCGCGCGCAGAUAAAGAAGCUUUUGAACAAGCCAGUGGUCAGAGAGUCCUGUUCCUACAGAAAGCUGACGGACCGGGGAAAAGAUGAUCCCGUUCCCUCGUUUAAUGAAGCUCAGAUAGAAAACCUCACAGGUAACAAAGGAUUACUUCCUAGUCAGAAAGUACGUCCUCAGGCAGAGGCGAGUGAAUCUAGUAAUCUGAUUGUGUAUAAUGGAGCCAUGGUUGACGUCGGCAGCAUGAUGCAGAAGCUGGACAAGAGCGAGAAAGCAAGAGAGGAAAUAGAACAGAAGCUCAUGGUGCAGGAUGCCAAAAUGGAGGAAGAUGCAAAGGUUAAAACUCACUUUGAACAAGCCAACAAAGCUCUGUCCAAGGAGCUGGAGGAAGUGAAAAGCUCGCUCAGCCAAACUAAGCAGACACUGUCAGCUGUAGAGGACCAGAAGACCAUUUAUCAUAAGAUGAUAAAUAAAUCGGCCAACUCCUUGAUGUCUACGGCCAAAGGGCUGAUGGAAGUGUUGAAGAAGGAUCCAGGAGAGGAGUCUGAUGCCGAGGUCACGGGCGAUCACCUACCGACCGCCCAGACAAAUGGCGCUGAUGAAUAACACUUUUCAGAUAAAUUAAGCUAAGCUGUAAUACUCUGGAUCAUAAAUUGUAAAUAUUCACUUAACAUGUACCUUGACAUUUUUUUUAACCUAAUGUGUCUCAAGUAUGUGUAUAAUUUAAUGAAUUAGUUCCUUUGUGUGAAAUUGACCUUUUUUUGUUUUCAGUGAUUUACUUUUUUCACCUAGAGUAAUUUUAACCACAACAAAGCGUUAAAGUGCUAAUUUGAAAGUAAGUUAAGUUCUGUUGCUGUAUUUUUUUUUUUGUUAAUCUUCCCCCUAUGACAUUUCGUUUUGCCAUUGCUUUAGCUUCGUUAAGGAUAAGAAAGUGCCGCUUUGUGAAUUUCCAUGCCAGUAUGUGUGAGUGGUUACCUGAACUGACUUUUUUUUUUUUUUUUUUUUUUCUAAUGAGCAAUAAUGAUGCUAUUUAUGUGUGAGAGAAUUCCUGAGGAACUAUAUUUAAAAUGAACUAAUUUUGGAUGGAAAAUGAUUUGGAGGAUUGUUCAGAUAUAGUUGCUUUGUAAUAAUCGCGCUCCAGUGUUCACACCUGGUUUGUAGUUCUGCUGGUUUAACGGGUUUCUAUAGUUUUGGUUUUUUUUCCUAUGGUUCCGCCCCCUCUCACACACACACACACACACACACACACACACACACACACACACACACACCCACACACACAUGGCUAUGCAUGGUUCUUGCCUCUCUUGGACCUUAUUUCUGUCUGCGCCUCCUGACCAUUUCCACCGACCAACUGCGCUGCCAGUGACAGUGUUUCAUGUUUUACUGUGACAAGCAUUUUGUCUAGUUUUCUGUAAAAGAAAACCACAUGUGAACCAAAAGUCAAAGCUCAGAGAAUGUGUCUUCAGCUGAAGGAAGGAACAUGAACAUUUUGAAGUCCAUUUCUGAACUGUGUACGGUAGUCUGGGUUGUUCUUAAAAAGACACACAAAUAACAUUUUACAUCCUCCAAAGUAGGCAGUUUUAUUUUUCUAUUGAAAAUGUACUCUGGAUGUCUUGUGCAAAAGUAAAGUGGUCCUUUUAACAACAAUG